UAAUAAUAAAAAAAUGGGCAGCGAAGGUGAGCUAAUAAAUAGAGAUAGAGAGCUGUCAAAGAUGUCUGACGAGGAUUUGCUGGCGUGCUCCAAAGAGGAGCUGGUGAGCCGGCUGCGUAAAGAGGAGUCGGAGAAAAUCUCAGCUCUCAUCCAGCGAGGACGGCUGAUAAAAGAGGUAAAUAAACAGCUGCAGGGACACCUCCUUGAAAUCAGGGAACUGAAAGUCAUUAACCAGCGCCUGCAGGAGGAAAACGGGGAGUUGCGGGACCUAUGCUGCUUCCUGGACGACGAUCGGCUCAAAGUGAAGAAGCUGGCCAGGGAAUGGCAGCUGUUUGGGCAUCAUGCAGCUAAAGUGAUGCGGGAGGACCUGGGCGGUUAUUUGAAAAAGCUCGCCGACCUGGAGCGCAUGCAGGACGGGCUGUUGAAGGAGAAUUUAGACCUGAAGGAGCUGUGCCUGGUCUUGGAGGAGGAGUGUGUCAGCAGGAGUGACUCCAGCCCCGGUGGGUCCACUGAGCUCAGCAUGCCCUGCAUGGUGGCCCGGGACCUGGGUGAUGGAAGCUCCAGCACAGGCAGCGUGGGAAGCCCAGACCAGCUCCACCUGGUUUGCUCACCUGAUGACUGAUGGCAGGUUUAUGUCAGCAGUCAGGGCUUCUCCGAUUCAAAUAAGGAAUCUGUAGAAUAGGUGUGAUGUGUGGGACAAAACUGAGACAUAGAAGCUUUGUCUGACAAAUCACUUUGGUGCAAAGCAUUAGGGCUUUCUGAAUGCUGCAAAGAUGUGUGUCACUAGGUUUUGACUUGACAAAAAAUCUGCCACUCAAGACAUUUUCAGGACUUUACAAAGACAUUUAAUAGAUGUUUGCUAGAUGAAAAUGUAUCUAAAUUUUACAGUGUUUUUUCUAAUGACUCCUCUGUUUUGGGGAAUUCUCUUUUUUCAGUGGUCUGUUGUGGAAAAAAAAAAAGAAAUGGGGCCAAAAAGGUGGGUCACAUGUAUAAAUUUAUCUCAUGCACUGGACUAGCCUACACUGAUAGAAGCCUUUUUUCUAUUGCACUGGACAGUGUUAUCAUGGAUCUUUAGAUCAAUGAUCUAAAGAUUCAUUUCAAUCCAGUUUUGAGCCAUAUUUAGUCCACUGAAUUCCAAUAGCACUGAAAUAGUUGAGUUGUGAUAAAAGAAAAAAAUGAAACUAUUUGAUAUUUGCUUUUGCUAGAUGCCCAAUAAUGUGUAAUAUUUUAUGCACUCUCUUCCUCAGGACAGGAUUGGAGUGCCAUAUGUGCAUGAUGAUUGUCACAAUUUGUACAGGCCUGUUAACUAGUCUGAUGUGAAGGGCCUUCAGGGUUACUGUACAGGUGGGGCUGCUGUGCAUCAUGUACAUGUGCGGGAGCCGGGGCAGAGCCAGCACACGUGUUAAGGUUUUGAUCAGACAUGACAGAUGUCCUUGGACCUCACUCAGAGCUGAACUAAACAAGUUUGUCACUUUUUUUAAAAAAUCUAACUGGAAACUUUUUGUAUCAAACUGGAAGGUCUACGAGUUGUAAUGAUUUCUAUUCUUUUUAAACCAAUCUGUUUAAAUUCACUUAUGUUACAAUUUUUUAUAACAUUGUUGUUGAUGUUUAAUUAGCAUAUCACAGAGUUUGUUUAAGUUGGCAGCUUUGUCUUCUGUAACCCAGCUUUGUAACUCAUGCUUUGUAUUUACCCCGUUAACAUUAGGGAUAACCUUAACUUUGACCCUUCUUUAUCUUGAUUUAUCUGUAUUAACUAGCAUUACUAACCAAUUUCAGUUUAAAUCAUAGAUAAUGCACAUGGAUUAGAGAAGAUUUAUUUUGUUGUUGCUUGUUUAUUGGUGGGCUAUGCUAGUAGUGCAUAGAAAAGCUUUAAAUACAGUGGGUAUGACACUUUG